UCGGCACUAGUAACUAAACCACAUACAGUUAUUUCCGACUAUACGUAAACAAACUCGCAAUGUAAAUUCGCGAAUAUCUAUAAAACCAACGUAUUUAUCUUGUUAUAUUAUGCGGUGUCGAUUUUCCAAGUGUCUCGCCGUGUGUUUAGUUCUUACCAACGCGCUAGUUUUGUGGAAAAUAUACAAACUCCUUCUUGGGGACGAAGGACUAAACGUCCUGCACUCACAAUCAUCGCCGCCAAGUAGUAAACCAGCUACUAAGCACAUCAGCAAACAAACGACGAUAGUGCUGCGUGACUUUGAUUUAAAUGAGAAUGAUGUCUCCGGCACGGUGGAGUCGUUCCUUAAAGUUUUCCCAAACAUUCAGAUACUUAUCAUUUCGAAUGGGAAUCCAUAUCCACCGCUACAAAUUAACUAUUAUAUGAAUAGAAACGUGCGGAGUGUAAAUUUAGCACCGUCAUUCGACACUCCGUACUUGUUUAAUCCGCUUAGUUUGAUCAAAACGCCAUAUGUUUUGUUUGUGCCGGAUUCUACAAGGAUAAUUCACCGGCAGGUCAUUCAGAUGAUGAUCAAUGCUUUGCGGAAUGACACCGGCAGUAUUGUAGCGAUACCAUACAGUCUCAAUCGGAAUCUUACUUGUUUAAAUGUUGAAAUUGUACCGAAAGAUUGGACGAUUAAGUUUUAUAAAUCUGGCCAUCCACGGGAAUGUGCAUUUGUUACAGGGAAGCACGCCAUCUUGGUGGAAUUGAACACUUUGUACAAGUUGAAUAAUCCUUUCAUCUUGCCACAUCCACAUUCGCUGUAUCUACUCACAUCUUUGCUGAAUAUUAAAGUGAAAAUUUUGCAACAUUUACAAUUUCAUGAUGGCAAAUCCAUUUUCUACUCGCAUCAUGCCCAAAGACUCAAGAGCAAAUCGGAUAAAUUGCAUUUGAAACAUUUGUAUGAAUCCUUUGGCAUUAAAAAGGCAACCAGCGAGACUGGUGUGAGUGAAAGCUUUGGAUGCUCCCGGGACACCCCGAGAUGUUUUGGAAGCAUUAUCAACUACACACCUUCCUACAUCUACGAAGGAAAGCAAACACCGCCAUGUUGUUUGCAGAAUCUACGUAUAACAGCUAAGCACGUCUUUGCUAUUUUAGAAGAAGCGGGAAUCAGGUACUGGUUGGAGGGUGCUUCCUUACUUGGUGCCAUGCGAUAUGGCGACAUCAUUCCAUGGGACUAUGAUAUAGAUGUCGGGUUCAACCGUGAUGAUUUAAGUCGUUGUCUUUGGUUGAAAAGAGCUAAGACCAAGCCAGUUACAGACAGCAAAGGGUUUGUCUGGGAGAAGGCAAUUGAAGGAAACUUUUAUAGAGUACUGUACAGUAAAGUGAAUAGGAUAUACGUUAAUCUAUUUCCGUUCUAUCAGAAGAAUGGUACCAUGGUCAAGGAUAACUGGUUCACAAGUCAGGUGAAUACCGACUUUCCCGAUCAUUAUCUGCAUCCAAUGGCGAGUAUUGAGUUCAUUGGUCGCACGGUUCCAUGUCCAAACAACAUAAGAGACUUUUUAGAGUACAAAUUUAGUCCUGGGAUUAUAGAGGACGGGAAAAUACCCGAUUUUAAAAGUAAAUUUACUUAAUAAAUGCAACAGGACGUACAAUUUUUAUAGGCUCUAGGUUGGCAUGUAUUUAGUUUUUAAUCUAAUUGUAUAUGAUGUAUGAUGUAAAGAUGAUAAGCAACUGGUAAGAUGUUAGUGCCAAAGAUUCGUAUUAUGUUGUAUAUAAUUUGUUUUGUUAUUGUGCAAAUAUUAAUUGUUACGCCAGACAAAAUUAGAAAUGUUAAUACUUAUUAAUAAAUUAUACAAUAAA